AUGCAUGGAAAUUCCAGUGAAACCGAGAAUACACCAACAGAUGAUGUUGUUCUAAUGGUACCAAGUCGUUCUGAAUGUAUGAAUUCAGAGGAAAUGGAUGCUGAAGAACAUAUCCCUAAAUCUAGUUUACAGCUCAAAUUAUUCUACGAUGAAAUCAAAUGUCAAUUAAUUAUCAAUAUUUUAGCCGCUCGAAAUCUACCAAUUAUUAAUCAAUCUUCCAGGGUUCCUUGUACCUAUUAUUGUAGUUUGUGCCUUCUUCCAGAACAAGAGGAAUACAAUUCUCGGUGUACAAAGGUAGUCAGCGGCAGCAUCAACCCUAUAUGGAAUCAAGCCUUCCGUUUCACAAAUUUCACAGAUAAUGAUUUAAAUAGUCAUCACUUAGAGAUUAUAAUAUGGAGCUGUGGAGACAGUACAGAUGAACAGUAUAAAAUUGGCGAGAUUGUGAUUGAUCUCAGUGUAGCUGAUCUGUUAGACGUUGCUUAUUGGUAUCCAAUACGAACAAUACAUCGGUUCUUCUCAACAUCAGAGUUAUCCAAUAUGAAUCCUGAAAUUGGUUCCGGAGCAUAUGACAUGCAACCAUAUGAAAAACAAAUUCCAGAAAAGUUGAUUAAACCAAGAUACUGUGAACCAGAACAAUGGUCACCUAGAUCUGUAUAUCAAGAUUCAAAUAUUCCUGAUGAGAUUCUAUCAAAACAACGAUUAACAAGAGGCAAUCGAAAUGAAAUUCGACGUGAUGAUUACUCGGAUAUUGAUGAACAAAGAUUUGCUAGCAAUAUAAGACAGAAUAGAAAACCUACUGGACAGGAAUAUCAACAAAGAGGAAAUGAAGAACGUCAUCGAAGUUCAAGACGUAAUCCAAAUGCUCCAAAUUUUGAAUAUGGUAGAGUAGAAGAAAAUGCUAUACAGUCAGAUGCUUCAGAAUUUUCUGAUCUCUCUGAAUUUUCUAAAAUGAGUUUGCAUACAACACCGUCUGAUCAUCGACGCACAGAAUCAGCACAAAUGCAUCGUUCAGUUAACCAACAAUUUGAAACGCCUACUCAGUCUCAUGGUGAACGAUACUCUCGAAAUUCUAAACAAUCCGAUAGGCUAGACCAGUCUUUUUCACCAUCGAAUGAACAACCAGUUAGAAUGAGAAGAGAUUCAAAUCGUUUAGAAAAAGAAAUGUCUGGUUCAACUGAUGAACGAAUGAUGCCCAAAGAUAGUGGAAGUUCUGAGGGCGGUUCUGGUCAAGGGACAUCUUCAACUGGUAGUCUUGGAGGUCGAGGUCCUCGACCUUUAGGAGAAAAUAAGGCAUCAACUUCUGAAAUUGCUCAAAAUGUUGAAAGGGAUCCAAUGGAUGGAAGAAAAAGAAGGCCUAAUAUAGGACAAAAGUUUUCAAAUGUUCUGGGAAGAUCCAGCAAGAGUAGCAGUACUUCAACUCUUGACAAAAAGUCAAGAACAAGCUUCCAAAGGAGUGAAGAAGUAUUACCAUUUGGUGGAUACGGUGCAAUUUUUGAAGGACAGGAACAGGAGGGUUCAUUUGGAAACGGAAGAUCAUCAAUGAUGCAUCGUCAGCUUAGUAUAGGCAGUGGAAAAAGUGAUGGCCAAAAUCCUCGAUGCGGUACAAAUUCAGACAACACAGAUCAAGACAGUAUUUAUAUGGGACGUAAUGAAUCACAUGUUGGAGAAUUUGUAGAAGGUCUUGGUCCUGGUCAACUAGUCGGUCGACAAGUACUUGGAAUGCCUUGUCUUGGAGAAAUACAACUAAGCUUUUAUGAUCGUAAAGGUCAUUUAGAAGUUGAAGUUAUUCGUGCCAGAGGUUUACAACAGAAGAAUACAGCUAAACCGCUUCCAGCUCCAUAUGUUAAACUUCAUUUACUGGAAGGUAAACAGUCAGUAGAGAAAUUAAGAACUAUGUAUCCGCCAAGACGUACACUAGAUCCACUUUACCAACAACAACUUUCUUUUUCAGUACCAUAUCAUGGAAAAAUUCUACAAGUAAGUGUAUGGGGUGAGUAUGGCCGUAUGGAUAAGAAGGUAUUUUUAGGAAUGUGUGAAAUUGUACUAGAUGAUCUAGACUUAAAAACUGUUGUUUUCGGCUGGUAUAAACUAUUUGGAAUGAUAGCAUCGAAUGCACAUCAUCAUCAUCACCAUCAUCAACAUCAGCAUAAUCCUCAACAGAAAGGCCUACCAAUGUCAUCAUCAUCGUCUGCACCUUGUGAUGAUUCAAAAAUCAAUAAAGGUAGUAAGUUAACAGAAACAAAAACUGAAAAGCCUAUCAGCCGUACCAGUCGUCAUAAUAAUGGUAAUAAUGAAAACAGUAAUAACAGUGAACGACCCAAUCGAGCGAAAUCUAAAUCAUCUCAAGAAGUGAAAUCAACACAACCAAGUAUAGGCAAGACAAAUGACGGAACAAUGUCCUCGAAUCGUAAUCUUGGCUCACCACAUUCCACAAGAAGAUAG